AUGGCACAGCCGAUGAUUAAGCUUACAGGGAAGGAUGUUCCAUUUGUAUGGUCACCGGAGUGUGAGAACCAAUAUGUGGCUUUCCUUCAACGAAUCUCUUUGACGAUCACAUCUUUGAUCAUUCUCCACACAAUCCCACCGAUCUCAACAGAGACACCAAUAACACAAAUCUAUCCAGACGCCCCAACAAUGAUUCUAAUCGAUGGGAUAUGCGUCAACACCGUCAACAUGUAUUACUGUGAGCAAUCAAUCAUCUCGAAACUCGAUAAUCCCCACUCCGAAAUCACGACCGUAACCAAAAUCGCAGUGUUCAACGCAUUGUACAUCUCCGAAUCAACAGUUGAUCUCAUUAGAGAUAAUUUUCUUCCUAAAGCCGAGAACCCUCUGGCCGAGACCCAGCUACAAACUUGCCUUGCGACGUACAAUAAUGUCGAGAAGCUUAUGGAAGGUGCUUAUAAAGCAAUGCUUCACAAUGAGUAUUCGGAAAUGAGACGUUACCAAUCAUCUGUGCUUGGUGUGCUUGAUAAUUGUAAAUCAGAUUUUGACCUUAUGGUGCGUACAAAUUCGUGGGUUAGGUUAAUGAUCAAUAUCUCUAUAUUUGCAUCUCGUAAGCUCCCUGCACCCUAAUAUAAUUUGUAAUUUUUGGAAAUUUUCAAUACUUGAAGUUUAUGUUACUAUAUGGCUGAAUAUUUAUCAAUAUAACAACAAAU